GCCGACCCCGCCCCGCUGCAGCGAGCGGCUCUGCCUUUGUGCUUCCUCCGCACCUGAGGUGCGAGGCCGGGAGGGGCGGCGGAGCCUGGAGUCGGGGAGGGGAGAUUGUGUUUCAUUAAAAGUGCUGACGAGAACCCAGAACUCUGAAGACAGCAGUUUUGUGCAAGAUAAGAAUGUCCCUUAAAGAAGCUGAUGGAGGAUAGAGCUCUGACAGCGCAAGAUGACACCAUAAUAUAGUCUGAAAUUGAGAGUUGUUCCAGUCCUCUGAUGAUCACCGUCAGCUUCUUCUGGAUCCUCUCCAAAAGCUUGACAUCUUUCCUGAGCUGGGGUCCUCAGGCCUGGAUGCAGUACUCCAGGUGGUGCUUCAGUUAUCCUGGUUUAGUCUGAAAGUCAGUUUCAGAGGUACUUUUUGGAACAACUCUUUAAACUGGGAAUCUUCUGUGUUUUUUUUCUUCUAUGUGACAUUAAAAAUUGCAGUGUUUAAAAAUCUGAUUAAAUUACUAUGGAAAUAUUUCUUUAGAUUUAUCUAUUCAGCUGUACUACCUAACAUACUAGACACCUGUACCCACUAUGGCAAUGAUAAAUAGGAAUCUUGUCACUGAUAAGUCUCCUUUUCACACUGAAAUUUAUCAGAUAGUAAGUGGUGUUGACUCCUGUUGUAGCUUUCAUAGAAAUCAAACAUAACAAAGUGGCUAAGAUUUUCUCUUCGUAUUAUUCAGUUUAAAAAAGGAAUUGGGACUGAUUGAAAUUUCCACUGCAGCAACUCAGCUAAAGAUAACCUUUGGAGCUGGGAUCUAUCCAGAAGGUAUUGGCAGUUGUCAUUGUGGCAGUUCACUGUGACAGCCAGGCAAUUGCUUUCACAGUGUCUGUUGAACCGUUGAGAAAAAAAUCACUGCCAUCUUGGAAACUCUUUUAAGUCAGAGAAAAGGAGUAAAGCCUUAAGUUUGAUAUGAAGCCCCAGAUUAACAGAACAAGUUAGCAGGGGCAUUUAAUCAGUGAGCGAUUGGGAAUCAGAUGAGGUUUACCAUUUGUUCACUGGCCAAUCUCUUGCAGAAGAAGAGAGGGAGGCAGUUUAUCUUGCAAUCUGAUGUUUCUCUUCUCCACCCCUCUCUAGCAGCUUGCAGGCUUGCUCUUAUACAUGACCCUGCAGUAUCGUAAUAAUGGUCCUGGGUGAACAUGAACGUUUUUUUUCUUGCUUAACCUCUUUUUUUUCUCCUCCCACCCAUCCCAGAUGAAGUGGCAGGUGGACUGAGUGGGAGCAGUGUGAAAAUGAAUGCAGAGAAAAUGUGUGACUCAACAGUUCAGCAGGGAGCUGCUGAGUGGAAAGGCAACUAUUCUCCUUGCACACUCUGGUAGCAGGUUCCUGUUCUUUCAGAGAUGAGAAUAGGCCAUUUAUGGAUGGAGUUUUGCAGCUCACUAGUAGGGGAAAGGGAUGCAUGUUCUUUAGCAGAAUUUAUCCCAAGUAGAGAAGAAAUUUGUCUAAAAGUAAUUUAAAAAAAACCUUACCAGUGAAAGGGGAGAGCUAGUGGACUAGAAAUGCAUAGAACUCAGUUUGCUGCCUGGUUUGAUUGCUUUUCUUUUUGACUUUUCUCCUUGUUUUCUUUUCUUUUGAUAUGCCUGCAUUUUGGUAAUCGUUUUGCUUUAAGCAGCACAUGAAUUCUACCAAUUGGCCUUGAAGUGUGCAAAUCCCUUGUGCCUUACCUGACUAGUAGAAAAUACCCAUUUCCCUUUUUCUGCACUUCUGUCUCAAGAACUCCAGUGAAUAUCUGCCUUUCUCAGAAUGGAGACUGCUGGCUUUUAAAUACUCUGACUACCACUUACAGGCAAUCAAAUGCAAAGAGAAAAUUAUGCUUUUUAGGGGUUAUCCGCUAUCAUGUAAUGAUAAAUAAACAUUUUCAUCAGUGUUAGAGAAGGGCAUUGCAGUGUACAAGUUUUGUUUUGGUUUUUUUUUGUUGUGGUUUUUGUUUUGUUUUUUUUUUUGUAAUGAUACAGAAAAGGGGGAUAUUUUAUUAUUAAUUUCUGUUGUUUUCAUUCAAAGGGAAGGACUGAAGCACAGUUCUUCACAUAGUAAACAAUAGGAGAUAGGCACUUUGUAUCUGUGAACGUACUCACUAGAGCUCUAUUUGAAGUCUGUGGUUUGCACAGUUGUCACAGCAUUUUCCACAGACUUCUCUUCCAGUAUUUGGUCUUUCAAAGAACAGAUGAACUCUUUCAUUUUCAGCUGAUGCAGACAGCGUGCACAUGCAUACACACACACACAAUCAGCUGAGCUUCAUGGGAUGGUAUUUUUUUAAUCUUUGGAGAACCCGAAACAGUGACAUUAAGAGCCUGGAGCAGCUUCCAUCCUCUUGAUGGGCAUAUUAACCUAGGAACCAAACGCACUGAAUUAAAUACCACUGCUCUUGGUAACGUCCAUUGUGAUCAUUCUAGCAAAAGUAUGCAUCUUUCCCAUAUAGAAUCCCUUAAUGUUAUAUAUUUUCAGUUGUUUCCCACGUAUCUGUGAAUGCCUCCAGCUUGGCCCAGAUAAUUGUAAUGGUACAGAGCAGAUACACGUAAUGCAAACAAAAAGCAUUGGAAAUCAAAAGCUGAAUUCUUGUGGCUACAUAAGAGAUUGAGUCCCAGUGAGUUUUUCAUUCCUCUGUGUUCUGUCCGAGGUGGUAGCUGCAGUAGUUUGGACCUCUUAUUUGGAUUUGUCAGACUUAUUUCUUCUAUGGACUCUGUCGCAGAAAAGGAUGAAAUAUGAGAUUGUAGUUUGCUCUCCUUGAAGUGUUAGAUAAACCUAACUGGCUUCCAGUUAGGUACAAAAGAGUUUUUGGGAUUACUUCGGUGCCUUACAGGGUUAGUCAGAUAUGUGUAUCUGUUAAGGUUAGUGUUUGAGUUAAGCUGCGUAGUGUCUUCCAAGGUAGUUCUCCAUGUGGUUUUAUGUUACAAAGUAAGAUCUAGCAACAGCAGUUUCAUGGCAGCUAGAAUUUGGACUUUUUCCAGAGUGGAAUUAGAAGUAUUUAGUUGAGUGACAUUGUGGUAAAUCCCUUCUAACUCCAGGAAUGCAGUGGUAGGUAAUUAUAAGGGGUGGUUGUUCUUUGCAGAUCUUAAUUGGGCUACUUUUAGGGACUAAAUGCUUUUCUAGUGAAAUUUUUAUUCUUGUAUUAUAUUUUUAUUUUUUAUUAUUUAUUUAGGAAAGAUAAGAGUAUGAGGCACUUGGAAACACAGCAGAUCACUGAUCAAAUAGUAGAAGUCAGUAUUGUAUCAUAGUGGAGAAGGUACAAAGAAAGUCAGUAAUGGAGGAGGUAGAAAGAGAUGCAUUCUUAAUAUAACUACAGGAGUGUGAAAUAGCAUUCCCACUGCUUUCAACACAGCUUAUUGGAUCUUGAAUGUAAUUUUUAACGUAACUUGUCAGCUGAGUUAGGAGUGCAGAGGAUGUGAAGGAAGAAGUCUUUCCUGCAUAUGUUGAAUUGUAUCCAUCUAUAAAGAGUUCAGACAUUGGCCAUUAUGUUUAUCUACUUAAUAUGUGAGAUUACCGGAUUGUAAAGAAUUUUAGUAUAAAUUUGAGUUGUAGGUUACUGACCUCACAGAUGAUUUCCUGUAGAGAGAGGAAUGUAAGCACAGAAGUUUUUUGCUAUGUAAGUAGAACACUUCUCCUUUCAUAUCUGCUUCCUCCCAGACAAUUGUAGUGCAAAAGAAAUGUUUGUUUCUUGGUUCAGAAGCUUGUUAUUCUCUUUUCAUCCUUCUCAUACAUCAUUGUGUUGCAAGCAGAACAGAGAAUGUCCUCUGAACUGGUAUCUUUCUCCUAGAGCUCUGUUUCCUGAGUGGAUGAGCUGUUCUGUUAUACUCCAGCACAAGCUACGUCAUGUUCAUGUGCACUCUGAAGCAGGUCAUUCAUCUUAGAAGUGUCUUGACAGUAUCUGUAUUUCCCUGCAAUCAGUGUCUCAUGACUUUCAGAUUUAACAAGAUAUAUGGAGUACAGAGACAGGACUAUGUCCUGAAUAUGCAGUUUCAGUGCAUGUGAAAACGAGCUUUGCAGGCUCGUGUCAGUAGAACAUGUUCCUUUACUAUUCUCUAACUGAUGGCAGGUCUCCCUAGCAGUUGGAUGGAAAUCUGAGACAAUUUCAGUAGAUUAUUGCAUUUGGAUACUUAAAGAAGAGAGAAGUUAUAUGUAAAUUUGGGACUGUGAUAUAACUUGUUGGUAAUUUUGCUGACUAUGAAGCACAGUUGGCACAUUCAUGAUUUUCAAUGCUUCCUGACUUCAGGCCCACUGCUCAAUGUAAAUUUUUGCCAAACACAGCUGUCAUGAAGAUGUAGGCAGGUUCAGAGGGGUAUGGAUCCUCCUCACAUAUAACGCAUGUAUGGGACAGUGCAGUUGAGCUCCUUACAGCUUUCUGAAUGCUGGAGCUAGAGAUCUGGUAGUGUAGGUGAGGCCGUUUCUCUCUUCUAGUUUGUGCAUCUAGGAUUGGCUCAACAGUUCAUAGAUUCCCUGUUUAUUCCCAUCCUGCCCUGUGAUACCCCUCCUUAGUGUGGGACAGCAGCCAUACUAGGAAGUGAGCAGAGCAGAUGGUCUUCCCUAUUUUUUUGUUUUUGUGUCUGUCCUGUGUUUCCUAAUCGUUAUGAAAUACAGCCUAGAUAAGUGGUCUUGGGAUUUAUUUUUGGCAACUUGUACUGAUGGCUGUGUUUAGGAAAAGAAUGUAAGAUGGGUGCUUCGCUUAGUUUGACUGAAAGAUCAGGAGUGAUGUUUAAGUUUAUGGUACUGUUUUGAAAUUUUAAGUUGCUUAAAAUAAGCCAUAUGCUCGAUAUAGUUGUCUGAGGCAUUUUAGUUUCUAAUUGAUUUUUCUAGUAAAUGUAACUGUGUCAAGGGAGAAGUAUUAGUGGAACUUGAAUUUGUAUUUCCUUGAUGUAGAAAUUCAUAAAUCUAUCGGGUGGAUGUUGCAUUUUACUGUCAAUCAAAUCACUAUCAAAAUAAGGCUUUAUUGGUUUCUUCUGGAUUCGGAGUCAUUCUUAUCAGCAGCCUCAAGACCUUUGCACUGACCUUGAAGCAAGAGAACUUUAUUGAUGUCUCACUCAUAUUACCUAAUCUGUGCAGUGGAAGAAACUAAAGCCUGCUAGGGAAAAUAAUGCAGCAAUAUGGGAUUGUGAUAUAAAGUUGGAUAAUUGAAAUAUUUAAAGCUGAUACAGUUAAAUCAAGACAAAAUCUUAGGUAGGCAUCAGUAUGUUUGUAAAAAAUUUCUGUGAUUUGGAAUAGUAAUGUUUUUUUUUUUUAGUGAACUUGAAUUAAUCCAGCUUUCUUUGUUUACUCAAGAAAAUAAUCUUAAUAUGUACAUUUAUGCAUAUGGAUUCUGACAUUUCUCCAUUAUUUUUGUUCUUGACUUGGUAUCUGUUGUUUGGGGGUUUUUGUUGUUGUUGGUUUUUUUGUUUUUUUUUUUUCACUGUAUUAGUGAAAGGAAACUGUUGGCAGCAGAUAAACAAUAACAUUUCAGCAGAGCAGGAGUCCUUGGCUCUUAGGUUCAUGGAGCAGAUCUCUACCUCACAGAGUAGGAAUGAAAGGAGAAGUAGUCUAUUGUCCUUCGUAUCAGGCAGUCAUAAGAAGAAGAACAUGACUCCUACAAUUGCACAUCUGUUGCUAGACAACACUGGAAUUCUGGGAAUUGGGCUUCUUGGCUCUGGAGAGGCAUAGAUCCCCAUGGUUACAGAUCUAGCACUCGCCUAACUUUGACGUCUUUGUUCCAAAAGGCAUGCAGUCAAGUGGCCUUAACAUCGUCAUUUAGAGUCAAGGUUCUGUUUCCAACUUAGGAAGAAGUGGCCUUGUAAAAUCUCAUGCUCUAACAGGUCUUUCCAAUCCAGCUGCGAUGGAGUCAAUGGAUGAAGCUGAAAGGCAACGAGAACAACUGAACAGGAAGGAGCAGUCCCUGAAAACCUCUCAAAAAACUGCACUGCUUGGUUGGGCUGCCUGGUGGAAUGGAUUAAUGACUGGAGACAGCAUAUAUCUGUUUGUCCUCUCUCAGAUACUGCUUCUCUGCAUGAUGCUGUGGUACAGCACUUAUGGGACCAUCUCAGCAACUCAGAAUGCCUUUGACAUGCUGUCUUACUUGCUUACCCCAUUUGAACAGUUUUUGUCAGAUCAAGGAGUGGAUCUGACUAGAAUUGGGAAUGUUGUGGUAUCGUAUAUCCUGUUGUCUUUAGCUUCUCUAGGACUGCUACUUGUUGGAUCUCUGUUUUGGCAUCUGUUCAGAGCUCGUCCAGACCCCCCCUUUCCGCUACAGGAGGACAGACGCCAAUCUGUGAGCCGGCAGCCUUCAUUCACGUACUCAGAGUGGACAGAAGAUAAAAAUGAGGAUGACUUCCUAGAUUUGGAUCCUGUACCAGAGACCCCAGUCUUUGACUGUGUAAUGGACAUUAAAGUGGAGACAGAUCCAACAACUCUAACGGUUAAAUCCGUGGGCUUGCAAGAAAGGAGGGGUUCCAAUGUUUCACUCACGCUAGAUAUGUGUACCCCAGGCUGUUCUGAGCAAGGUUUUGGCUAUAUCAUGUCACCACGGGAACAGUCAGCGCAAGAAUAUCUCCAGACAGCAUCAAACAUUCUCACUGAAGAGGAACUGCACAAGAAAGCUCUGGAUCCAUUCAUACUCCAGGCAGAAUUCUUUGAAAUUCCGAUGAACUUUGUUGAUCCAAAGGAAUAUGAUAUUCCAGGCCUGGUGCGGAAGAAUCGCUACAAAACAAUUCUUCCAAAUCCUCACAGCAGAGUGUGCCUUACCUCAGCUGAUCAGGACGACCCCCUUAGCUCUUACAUCAAUGCUAACUACAUCAGGGGCUAUGGAGGAGAGGAGAAGGUAUAUAUUGCUACUCAGGGACCAAUAGUUAACACUGUCAGCGAUUUCUGGAGAAUGGUGUGGCAGGAGCGUUCUCCCAUCAUUGUCAUGAUUACCAAUAUAGAAGAGAUGAAUGAGAAAUGCACAGAAUAUUGGCCAGAGGAACAGAUCACCUAUGAAGGAAUAGAAAUCAUAGUCAACCAAGUCAUACAAGCAGAUGAUUACCGUUUAAGGCUCAUCACCCUAAAGAAAGGAGAAGAAGUCAGAAACCUGAAACAUUACUGGUACACGUCUUGGCCAGACCAGAAGACACCAGAUCAAGCUCCUCCUCUGUUACAACUAGUACUGGAAGUGGAAGAGGCAAUGCAGAGUGCAGAAGAGAAGAACGCUCCAGUGAUUGUUCACUGCAGUGCAGGCAUCGGGAGGACGGGCUGCUUUAUUGCAACUAGUGUCUGUUGUAAACAGCUGAAGAGUGAGGGCAUAGUUGACAUAUUGAGAACAACUUGCCAAUUACGGUUAGACAGGGGAGGAAUGAUCCAGACUUGUGAACAGUAUCAAUUUGUCCAUCAUGUCAUGAGCUUGUACGGAAAACAGCUUUCUAGAGCAGCAGAAGAAUAAGUGUUCAUGAUAUUCCUACAGGCUAAAACCAAGAGAACUUUUGACUGCAUUCAGAUAUAUCUCAGAUCUAAUAAGAGACACGUGGUAAUCUGGCUGUCUUAGCUGGAGAAAAAGAUACAUUUUACUUCGAUAUUGCUUUUAUGCUCUUGUUUGCAUUGACAUUUAAGAGCUGAAGUACACCUUGUCUUAAACAUAUGUGACAGGACAUAAUCUUCACCAAAAAGGCUUAUUUAUUUUGUAAAUAAGAACAUUCGCUUCAUUUGUUAGAAAAUCAAAAAAAAAAAAAAGAAAGAAAAAGAAGCACUUCAGUUUGUCUUCAGUUUGCUGUUUUUAAAACAUAAUUGCUAUUAUAUCCAAAUACAGUGUGAAACUUUUUGAAUUGUCAUGCUGAAAUAUGUGCCGUAUGUUGACUAAGCUUGAAAGUAACUUUUUGCCUCUUUCUGAUUGUUUUUACAUAUGAAAUUACCGGAUACUGUGUAUAACAUAAACCUUCUGAGCCUCUGCAUUGAAAGAUUCAAGUAGAGUCAUGUUGAAAUGAGGAUUCACACAUUAUAUUUGCUUGUUUUUAUUUUUUAGAGCAGUCCAUCACUGGUGUUAUCAGAGCUAUAGGGAAAAAAGUAUUUCACUGGUGUGAGACAAAUUCUUGCCUCUAGUUCUUACCAGCAGUGUUGCCCUGCUGUCAUGACAACUUGGAUGAAUUUGUGGUGGAUAGGGUAGAAGUUAAAAUGAAUAUUAAUUCUUCAGCUUUCUUUUGUCAAUAUUUUGGCAUCUGACUCUGUAAUCAGAUUUGAUUUUUGAAAGUAUUUUGUCUUUUUAUUAUAGUCAGACAACAAUCCCAAUAGCUUCCCCAGAAAUUUGAGGUGAGGAAUUUCUUUUUACUUGAAUCCAUCUUUAUUUAAAAUGUAAUGAUAGAAUCACCUGUAUUUUGAAUUUAAACCUGUUCCAAAGUUUUGAAGGAGACCAAAUAGCCAGUGUUUGUUAAGAUUACUACGACUAGAAAUGCAAAUCCCAUAAGCAGCUUAAAAAAAAUACUGAUCACACAAUGUGUGGAUGCUUCUUGAUAAAUUUCCCCUCAAACUAAGUUGUGAUAAUUUUAUCCCUUUAUAGUCACUAGCCCGAGCAGUAGUAUUUCCUUUUAAAUAAUACAGACUGCUUCCCAUGCUUUUGUUUUUAGACCUUAGUCUGGCAAUGAAGGCUUCAGUUGGUGUGUUCAAUGCUUAGAGGUAAGCACAUGUUUAAGUUCUUUGAGCAGUGAAAAAUGGAGAUACACGGGGCCCUUUACAUCAAAGCUGAGUGUUUUGUGAACGAAAGCUGUAAUCAUUUACUAGAAAUAUUUUUGCUUCUCUAUUUGUAACAAUAACCAAAACUCACUGCUUUUGUUAGUGCAGAAGAUUCUGUGGAUUUACUUCGCUUCUUCAUCAGGAAAAGGUAAAGCAGCUCUCAGAACAAUAAGGGCUGAUCCUGCUCCUACUGAGGUUUUGUUAUUGACAUCAGCAGAUGCAGGGUAGGGCCUGAAAUGUUAUGCCUACAACUUCAUCACUGUGGGGGAAGUUUCCCAAUAUUUUAGUGCACAUCCUUUGUGUUUAUUCUGUAUCCAUGAACCUGUAAAAAUCCUAUCAGCAGGGUUUGCAUGACUGUGACAAAAUGUGUUAUCUUGAACCACUUGAUUUUAUUGCUGUAUUUAAAAUAUUUCCUUCAGUGAGAAGCUAGCAAGAACAACUGACAAUCUUUUUAAAAAUACUGGCAGUAGUCAUUAAAUAGAGCAAUAAACUUAAGCUUUUGAGCAUAACAUGACUGUUAGUUUUAUGUAAACCUUGCUAGCUAUAUUCUCCCCAUUGCUACUGAUUCUUUCAAAGGGGCAACACUAUUCCAUCUAAGUACUCCUUAGAAAUAACAAAAGUACCACUGAUGUUUUGAAUAGUGCUAUAAGUGGAACUCCUGAUAAUGUUUGCAGCUGUUCAGUGAUCUGCAGUGUCAAAAUUAACUCAGUUAAUAAAGUAACUUGUUCUUUCAUCAGUUUGCUGUUCAUCUAAUAAAGAAUAUGUUGAUAAUGGGAUAGGAUUAUGUAAAUAGGAGAGAAUUUUGCUGUGUAAGUUGCUUUGUGUACAAAGAAGCUUUCUAGAAGAUAACUGUUUUAUGGCAAACAAGAUAUGACAGUCUCUAACAUACUGACUUUGAGGUGCAUGCAGAGUUCUUCAGCAUGUAUUAGUCAAUGGUGGUUCAUAGACUUAAGUAGAAGUAAACAAUUUAUACUGAUGAGGGAAAUCUAACCUGCUGUCCACUUCCAUUCUGCAUACAUGGAAUGUUUUGAGAGUGUGGUUGCUGGUAAAGUUAGGCUGCUUUGCAUCAAUUCAAAGCAAGUAUCAUCCUACUUAAACUGGAUACAAAGACUGCACUUUUGCCAUCUCACACCAGACAAGUGCACACUACUAACUCAAGAUCAAAAUAUUCAAAUGCUUCUUGAAGUGUUAUUCUGACAGAAUUGGAGUUAAUUCUCCUAUUUCUACUGCAGCCUUACUGUAAUUAAUAUAAUUAACGUAUUUCUCCUUUUUAAUAGAAUUUGAGGUCUAAAGAACCUCGUAUCAGCUGUUCUGAUCUCUUGUGAUGACAGAGGUAGACUUUAGGACUAGCAGAAAGGAACUCUGGCCAUACAAAAGCACUUGAUGAGUGGAACUGCUGCUUCUGCUAUUCAGGUUUGAAACUGAGUUGGUGAUAGGGACUAUGCUAAACUGCAUCUUACUAGGCUUCUCUUUUUUACUGGACAUUCCCUAAGAAAAGAGAUAAUUUCUAACAGAUUCUAUCUGCCCUCUCCAUCCUCUACCCAGGUCUAUUUGUACCUGAAACAGCAGUACUAAUACCUACAACACAGUUGCUUCCCAGAGGACUGAAUUCCUCUCUCCAGGUAUGUUAGCUUAUAAGAACCUGAGAUUCUUUUAUUUAGAACCAAUUGUAAUGCCUCCCCUGUGUCUUUCAUAUAACUUUUCACACUUACUGAACAAGGCAAAAUCUAGCCUAGUUUGUUGUUUGUUUGUCAGUUAUUGGCCAUGACAUUUAUACAGUUAUCUUCUUCCUUUCAUGCUAACAGAUCAAUGAUGCUUUCUCAUUUUGUUGGUACUCUGAGAUCGGCAGAUAUACAGGUUUACAUAGAAAUAAAGACUAAAAUCACAAAAGAGAGUACAGUUAAGUUUAAUACAGAAGAGCUUCUCAGGCCUGUCCUCCAUGUAAUCCCCAGUAGUGCAGCAGGCAAGAUUUAUUCCGUUCAUAAUCAAGCUGAACACAGAGGCUAAAUGAUAUACCCAGGGUUAAAAGAUAUAUUGGCACCAUAGCUGGUAAUAUGUCUCAGAGCAUCUAAACAGGCUAAAGUUGAUGAAGUACUCAGGUACUGUAAUCCUAGCCCUCCUUUUUCUCCAAUGGACUGUGCUAAUCAAUUUCUGUUUCAUAUUUCUUCUUUCUCUCUGCCUAUUGCUUCUUAGGCUUAAAGAACAGUAAAUAAGUCACUGCAUUGUACUAGUUUUAAUCCAAAAUGUUGAUAACCAGUGUUUUCAAGGGACCAUCUCUUCUCUUGGAGAAAGUCUUAUGUUGCCAGAGACCCUUCUGAAGGCUUAGCAUCUCCUGGCCACCUUUUGAUCUCAAUACAUCUCAGAAUUUUGUGGACAAAACAUCUGUAGUGGAUUAGGCAAAAGACAUUUCUGCUUUGGGAAAUGGUAGCUUUUGCUUGAGUCAGAUAUUUGUACUCCUAGUGUCAGUAUCUGCUUUCCUCUAUAAAGGCAAAGACAACACUUCUCUCCGGGGAUCAAAGGCAAAAGUUCCUGUGUAGAUCCUUUUGCUCUGAUCUUUCCCUUUUGCAUGUUUAACUUAUUUGUGUCUGAAGUAGAUAGAAGGAGAGCUGUCAGAAUUUAAAUCAAAACUUAUGAGGCAUUGCGGAACAAGAGAAACAUCUUCUCUUAGGAUAGCAUUGACUCCUUUUGGGUCAAAAGAAGGAAAAGCAAGUGGGAUUGGUUUCACUACAUCCGCUAUCAUCUUGGUCUUUAAGUUAUUGGGAGGAAUAUGGAGAGCAGACACCCAGCCAUCACAAAGGUGAGGGUUACAGAGAAAUGCAGUCACUCCUUCUCUUCUUAAGCUCCGUGUCUGGCAACGUAGCCAGACUUAUCAAUCCAAACUGCAAGAUCUCAUUCAUAUGCAUUGUUUUUCCUCCUACAGCAAUAUGUACGUAUGUGUAUUCACAUGCCCACACUGUGCCAGAGUAGCUGAUGUAAGAACAGAAGUGUGAGGGAGGACUCAUCAACCCUGUGAAAUGAACAUGGAAAGGGACUGCCUGGCUUUUGAGUCUACUUGGAGUGGUGGGUGGAAUUGGUUUGCGUUGUCAGUGUUUUGUUUUUGUUGGGGGAAUUUUAAGUUUCAGCCCAGAUUUCUCUGUGUCUGACUUGGGCUCUUGUAUCUGAAUUAUGUUAUUGAAGGGGUGAAUGAGAGUUGGUUCCUUGAUAGUUUUAUUAGACAAACUGUUACUGAUACCUUAUCCACUUUACAGUAUUGCCAAUCCCAUUUCCACGCUCUUCUGAUCUGAUAAGUGCAUUUGUGUUAUCAACAACUCAAACUUCUAUAGAAGGGAGCACAGAGCCUCUGUCAAGUUGGAAUCCCUCUUUAGUCUGUGAUCCACAACAUGUGAUUACUUUUGUAUGCAGUGUUUUCAGCUCACUGAGAAAGAUGACAGUUUCAGCCUUUGCACAUUUUUUCUUGACUUUUUUGUUUGUUUAAAAUUUUUCUUUCUUUUCUGGACGAGCAAUCUAAAAUCGUCAGUAAAAGUGAUAUAUUACCUAGGAAUUAUGCCAUUGUUUUGUUUGGAGUUUACCUUUAUAAUUAUUUCUGUCAGCCUCUGGAAAUUGGCUAAAUUUUCACAUACUUUGGUUUUCUAAGUUCCUGUGGUUUGUAAAGUAUAAGUGGAUUAUUACUCUAGCGCAUUCUGUACUAGACUCCCUUCUUGUUUGAAUUUAGCCUAAAUACAGAAUACAUAGCACUGGUCUGCUCUAAACAGAGAUCAAAUGCAGGUAGUGAAGAGAAGCAAUUUAUUGCCACUAGUUCACCCUCUGUAACAAGGAAGAUAUUUAAUUUGUGUCCUUCAGAAUAGAUAGAUCUGUACUGAUGCAAACUGGCUUAUUCCUCUAACAGAGCACUUACUGGCCAUAAAGUAGUGAGAUGGAAGGAUAGCAAAAGUAGUGGCCCAGCAUUUAAGAAAAUAAAUAAAUUCUGACGAGCUUCGUAUUCGGCUUAUCUAAGGUCAAAGAUGAAAGCUUUCAUCAAGUAAAACAAAUACAAGUAAAGGGAAUUCCAUUUGAAGGAGAAAGGUGGAACUGUUAGAAUGGUGGUUGGUUUUUAAAUAAUGUCACUGAGUUUUGAAGGAUUUGAAAAUCCAAAUGCAUUCAAAAGCAGGCAAAAGAUUGGGCAGCGGAUCAGGUGAGUAAUGGAGCAUGUUAUGUACCUUCUCACUUCAUCAUUUGUUGCUGCUCAUAGGAAGUUGGCCCAUAGUGGCUGAGGGCAAAAUACACUGCUUACAAGAUUGUUUGGGAUUAUAGGAUAACAUCUCUCAUCUUUUUCUAACCAGCCCCAUUCAUUUCUGUCAUCCACAUUACUGACCAUUUGGAUGUAAGAGAAGAAAGAGUUAGAACAGAACUGCAAAAGUGAGGGCAGUAAGCAGAAGAGGAUAAAACCUUUCUCGGUCAGGACUGGGAAAAAGUAAGAGUGCUCUCUCUCCUGGAUUCAAAAAUCAUAUUGCUAUGAGAAAAAUUCUUGAGCAGAAGAGGAACGAGAGCAGUGUCUAGAGACGCGUGAUAUCCGUUUAUAUUUUUUUAGAAGAUAUAAUGAGAUACAUAGGCUAGGACAGAGACUCUUUAAUUGUUUUCUGUAAAUAAGGAGUCAGAGAACAUUCAUCUCUUACGCAGGCCAGCUGGAGACAAAGGCCAGCUCCAUAAGGAUACCAAAGUGUACAUAUUAUGACAAGGAGUAGGAUCUCCUUGGGUGAAUGCCAAAAGAGAGUGCUCUCACUAAAGCUGUAAUUUCUGCUGGCAACAAAGCAAAGUCUGAAGGCCAUAUGGUCUUAACAUUGUCCUCUUUGUUGACUGUGUCUUCUAGAUUGCAGCACAUAACUACAACCUUUAUCAGAGUUGAAACCUGCACCCUUAACUCUGGGGAAGGUUGUGUUUCAGGUUGCUUUCCUUCCGCCCCAAGGUCCUUCAGUGGGAACACAACUGUGUCAAAGUUUUACUUUAUCUGCCUUGUCAAGGAACACUUUCUAAAACUAGGGAUACUCUAUUUCUAGAUGACUAGCACCUAUGACUCAAAGUCUAGAAUUGAGUAGUUUUUCUACUCCAAACCGUCUUUCAUAUUAACACUAGUCUUGGCACAGCAGUAGGUAGUGGAAUCCCUCCUAGAAACAGGUGAUAUACUUCCAGAAAUUUUGCCAGUUAGCAUAGAUGCAUGACCUUCUCAAGUGAUGCACACCAAGCUAAUUGUUGCUUUUAGGUGUAAAGUAUGUACUGAAUGGUAUGGAAGUUGAGAAUUUGUCUAAACGAAGGGCAAAGUAGGGCUUUGUAAGAUUUAGGAGGAUAGAAUAAGUCUUAGUAUGUCCUUUGAUGCAUCUAGUUUUGACAUCUUUCUUGAAUGUUUAACAUCAGAACAUCAAAGCAUCUUGUAGGACCACUAUGCAAGCAAGGUAGCCCAGUUUUUCCAUUAUGCAGAUGACACAACUGGGACAUAGAGAGAGCAAAUGACUUGCCCAGAAUCUCACAGAAAGACUGGAAAAAAGUAAAGAACUGAUCAGCACUCCCUAUGGAAAGUUAGCACAGUACUUGCUGCAAAAUCAUUUAUGUGUAGGGGUUUUAACUGACCAGGCAAUUGUUUAUUUAUCUGUUAUAUUCCAGAACUUCUUGCUGUAUUCUUGUUUUCCUAUUUCUGGUAAAUAAAUCUUUCAAACAACA